GCGAGCGAAAGUAGGCCGCUCCAACGUGACGCCCGGAUAGAAAUCGCCGCGGCGAAACAGAAAGUUGUGCACUCGCCCCGUCCGAUGCAGCUGAGCUGACGCCGUUCACUCCAUCCCGCGCUCGCGCGCGCGCCCCACUCCUGCCUUCUCCAUCCGUCGACUCCGCUUGCUCCGCGUGCUCCGAGAGCAUCCCAUCCACCGACGCAGCAGCGUCUUCCGCUGCAAGGCGUGACUGAGCCCGUCCCGUUCCCGACGUUACGCCGCCUCAUCGGCGCCCCGUCGGUCUUCGCUCGUGCGCUUGUGUUUUGUGUGUGUCGGUGCCGGCGAAACUGAGGAUUAACUUCGGUGUGGUGUGCGCUCGAAGUGCAAAAAGUGACUCCAUCUCCUCCGUGAAAGGCGUCAAUUUUGGUCUCUUCUGCGACGUCGUUGUCUCGGUGCGCGUUCUACCGAUCACGUCAGUCGGUGUGUUUCUAUACACCGUUCUUGCAAGAAGGACGCCAAAGAGUCUUUUGUUUCGACUGUCAGCAACGCUGUGAAAACGAUGACUGGAGUGGCGACGAUGUCGAUCACUGGCUGCGCCUUGGCGUUCUGCUGUCUUCUGAGCUAUGCCGAAGGUGGCCGCCACCGUAUUCCUGUAGAGGCUGCACAGUUUGGCAAUGACACGGCCACGAAAUCAGCGUUCCUGUUCAGCCAGAGGAGGAGUGCGAAGUUUCCCAUUAUGCGACCCAGGCUGAGGACCACCACGAGAAGUCCGCUGCCCGACCCGCCGCCAACCACGCCCCGCCAAGAGAACCUGUGAAGCGGCAGGCGGUGCUCGAGUCGGUGCUCAAGCAGGCGGACAUCUUCGAGCUGUCGUCGUCGGACUUCAGCCCCGCGGUGGCGUGGCCCGUGCCCCGGCGGCCGGCGUCUCGCCGGUUCCGUCCCAACGCCAUCUCUCAGCCGUCCACGGCGCGUCCUCUGCUCAAGCUGCGACAGCCGAAGCCCACGAGGCCCCCCGCGUACUCGCUGGACGGGUUCGUGCCCAAGCCGUCCAUCAUCCGCAUCACCACCACCGAGGCGCCGCCGCACAUUCGCAAGAUGUACGCGUCGCCCAAAACCGAGGCGCCCCCGUUCCGCAAGAACGCGCCUCGCUUCGGAUCGAAGAAGUCUAAGACAAAGCCGCUGACGAACGAUUACGACGACGACGGUCACUUCCGGAAAGGCCGCAAGCACCACGACUCCAGCGGCCGCAAGGGCGUGCAGCGCAUCAUGGGCAGCCGGGGACCUCGCAAGGGAAUUCCGGGAGUCGACUACCCCAACUUCCACCGCAUCCCGACCACGGGCUUCGACUGCAACGACAAGCAGUUUCCCGGCAUGUACGCCGACCCCGACGCUGGCUGCCAGGUGUGGCACAUGUGCACCGGAGUUCCUAACCUGGGAGCGAGACACAGCUUCCUCUGUCCCAACGGCACCAUCUUCAACGAGCGGAGGGGUGUCUGCGAUUGGUGGUACAACGUCGAAUGCAGCGAAUUCACCCUCUGAGCUCGAACCAGUCGUUCUCCUUGAAGCGUGUACGGAUCCGCUCACCCGGCCGUUUUGGAAGGCUCUGACGAGGAUGGUCUGUGGCUGGAACCAGUGAAGAUCAACAGGAUGGUGCUUAGCCAGCAGCCGUGGAUAGGAAUGACUGGACCAGAACCUCCUGCCACCAUGGAUGACGUCUACGUGCUGUUCGGGGUGCUGCUGUGCAACCUGCAUUCCGAGGCCGGCACCAUCUUCAACCGUGAUUGGUUCCAGAACCAAAUAAACGACCUUGUCUAGCUGUUUCCCGGGGUUUCGGUGCCCCCAGCAGUGCCGCUGUACAGCGAGUCGCAGGCAGAGGCACUCUCUGCAUUUGGAAAACAGUGGCCUUUCACCACAACAGAGAUCCUCUGCACUAUCAUAGAAGACCGUUUCCAGGGACCAAUGAAGCGUCUCCAGGAAUAUGUGUGCGCACAGUGGAGAAUCGCCGAGAUUGUUCGGGAAGUACAAGUCAGCGUGGACUGAUUCUCGUGGAGUACAACCUGCUGAGGAUUCAAUGCAAUCGCCUGCAAGUUACCGCUCCCGUGGCUCUCGCGGUGCUGCAGCCCCUGCAAGCCGCGACAGACCAAGUUCCAGCAGCGCAGGAAACUCUGCAGUGCAGAGAUUACACGAAAUAAACACUUGUUUUACA